CUCAACCACUCCUUAUCGUUAAGGUAGAUAGAUAUCUGGAUGACUACACCUUAGACCUUAGCCUUUCUUUUGCGCCUCCCAUCUCCCACCUUCUCUCUUCCUCUCUCCUCCAGCUCCUCCUCCUCCUCCUCGGCCUCCUCGCUUCCUCCUCCUCGCAUACCGCGGAAGCCCUCAAACCUCUCCGAAUCGACCGGGACUCGCUCAUUCAACAUGUUGGACGCUUUCGAGGUUCUCACCACGUCCGGCGUCGUUCUCUGGUCCAGAUCGUAUGCGCCCGUCAGCCCCUCCAUCGUCAACAAUUUCAUCGCCGACACCUUCAUCGAGGAGAAGACGGGCAGCAUUGCGCCCUCCGAUUCGCAGUCCGCCGCCACCAAUCCGGCCUACAGGAGCGACCAGCACACGCUGAAAUGGACUUUUGUCAAGGAAUUGGGCUUGAUCUUUGUGGUUGUUUACCGGUCUCUGCUGCACCUCUCAUGGGUCGACAAGCUCGUCGAUAACAUCAAGACCAUCUUUGUCGAACUCUACGGCGAACAGCUCACGAAGCCACACACGACCCUCGUCGAGUGCCACUCAUUUGGCGAAUACUUUGACCAGCAGCUGCAGGAGCUUGACAAGUCCAGUACCGUCGGCUCUAUAAACCCUAUAGACGAUCAAGGCUCCUCUCGUCCCUCGGCAGCAGGCCUGACGUAUAGAGGUCGCACGAUCAAUGGCGGCGCAGCUGCUGCUCAGGACACCACAUCGGCCGAUUCCACGCCUGUUCCGACUCCCAACGCUUCGCGUCCCUCGACUCCUGGCGUGGUUGUUGCCAAGGCCGGCCCCGUGGCCAAGAUGUCCAGGAGAGCCCGCAAGGCCCACAACAGCGGUUCGGCACCCGCAUCGUCCGGAGACGAGGCCUUGUCCUCAAAUCGACAGAAGAAGAGCGGCAAGGCGACGAAGAAGGGGCGCAAGUGGAAUGCCGAGGGGUUCGCUGAUGAGGAAGACGACGAUGUACAGCUCGACUAUUCCCGGCCGAGCCUCACAAGCGACUCGGAGGCGGAGGCGGUCGGGCGGUCCAGUGCCCUGGAUGCUGUUGAUUCGUCGACCUGGGGGUCCACAAGCAAGGGAAAAUUCAUUCUCAAGGACCUAGGAGACGAGGUGCACGACAUUUUGGCCUCGGCGCAGGCCCAGAAGGCCCAGAAAUCCGCGCGCUCAGAGACAAAGACUGGUCUCCUGGGCUCCGGAGUCAAUGCUAUCAGCGGGCUGUUCCGGAAUGUCGUCGGUGGCAAGACGUUGACCAAGGAGGACCUUGACAAAGCGAUGAAGGGCAUGGAGGAGCAUCUGCUGCGCAAGAACGUGGCUCGCGAAGCAGCCGUUCGCCUUUGCGAGGGCGUUGAAAAGGAGCUGAUUGGCGUCAAGACUGGAAACUUUGAAAGCAUCAACGCCAAGAUUCAAUCGGCAAUGGAGUCUUCACUCACCAAGAUGCUCACUCCGACUUCUUCCCUUGAUCUUCUCCGCGAGAUCGACUCCAUCACAUCCCCCCCUGCCACAUCUCUGCGCAAAGCUCGCCCCUACGUAAUCUCUAUCGUCGGCGUCAACGGCGUGGGCAAAUCCACCAACCUGUCCAAGAUUUGCUUCUUCCUGCUGCAGAACAAGUACAAGGUCCUCAUCGCCGCCGGAGACACGUUCCGCUCAGGUGCCGUGGAGCAGCUGGCCGUCCACGUGCGAAACCUCAAGGAGCUCACAGCUCGAGAAGGCGGAAGAGUCGAGCUGUACCAGAAGGGAUACGGCAAGGAUGCCGCCGCCGUGGCAAAGGACGCCGUCAACCAUGCGGCUCAGGAGGGCUACGACGUCGUCCUCAUUGACACGGCCGGCCGGAGACACAACGACCAGCGGCUCAUGUCGUCUUUGGAGAAGUUUGCCAAGUUUGCUCAGCCUGACAAGAUUCUCAUGGUUGGCGAGGCCCUGGUAGGCACCGACUCCGUCGCCCAGGCGCGCAACUUCAACGCGGCCUUUGGCUCCGACCGCGCCCUCGACGGCUUCAUCAUCUCCAAGUGCGACACCGUCGGCGACAUGGUCGGCACGCUCGUCAGCCUCGUCCACGCGACCAACGUGCCCGUGGUCUUUGUCGGCGUCGGCCAGCAUUAUUCCGACUUGAGGAACUUUUCCGUCAAGUGGGCUGUAGAAAAGCUGCUGAGCGGCAAUUAA